AUGGGGGACAUCGAGGCUCCUGAUUCGGAUGGAUCUCGGCAGUCAGCAUUUUUUUCCAUUCUCCCAAGCAAAGAAUUCGUCUGUUCUAGAAAAGGAAAACUUCUAAUCGGUGAAGUGGUGCUGUCCUUCAUCAGCUUUAUAUGUUUUGUUGCGUCUGCGGCAGCUGCUUUCGUCACAGCGCCUCUCAUUGAGUUCCUGGCAGCAUUGUUUCUUCUCUUCGCAUAUUCCACCAAGUUUAACGAACGAUUCAAGGGCUUCCAUUGGCCUCUCAUGGAUUUUUUGCGUUGUGUUAGUGCCUCCAUCAUUUUUUUCAUCAUCUCCAUAAUCUCAGUGUCCAAAUAUCCCGAUGGGGCGUCUAAAGCGGCAGGGAUGUUUGGCUUUAUUGCCACCAUUGUUUUUGCGUUAGAUUUCUAUUUCAUCUUUAAUGAGCUGGCUGACUUCCUCAAAGGAGGAGGAGAAUCAAAUGAGGAGCCAUCAAACACACAAGAUGACGACUCAGAUUCAGACUCUGAUUGAAGCUUUAAUCGUAUCAACGACUGUGUCCACUAGAGCAGCUGACUGAAAAACGUCUUGGAGGAAACCUCUGAGUUUAUUGCACCCGUGAUUUACAUUU